AUGUCAACCUCAUACUUGAAAGGACUUUGUACAAGGUACAAGAAUCUACUGCUGAAGGAAAUGAUCAAAAGUAAGACAUUUCUUUCUUCAGAAGCUGAAGAAGAGGAUUUGACAACCCAGUUAAGGCAGAUUCAAUCUUCCUUGAGACGGUUAAAGGACUUUGGUGCUAAAUUAGAAGAAUCGAUGAAAGAACUUUCCAUUGCCUUGGAAGCAAAACAAGACAACGAAUCUGAAAUUGAGAAAUUUACAGAAGAUAGUGAAAAGUUGUUUGAAUUGCUCACAGAUGUUACAGAGCACUCAGAAGAUCUUCUACUACUGGAAAAAAGAUUGGAACGAGCGGACAUUCCAUAUAUGAAAACUGAGGCACCAAAUGACCCAAGAAUAGACCACAUGAUAAAUCUGCAGACAAAAAUGCAGGAACAACUGAUGCAUUUCCAAGAACUCCAAAUUCGGAAACUGCACAGAAAAGAGAAGAUAUGCAAAGAGAAACAAACUCCAGUAGUUAAACUACCAAAGUUUGAACUCCCUUCAUUCAACGGAGACAAAUUAAAGUGGAAAGAGUUCUGGGACUCCUUUGAAGCUUCAGUACACAAAAACACAAGGCUUUCCAAUAUUGAGAAGUUCAACUACUUGAAAAGUAAAAUGGAAGGAAAGGCACAAUCUGCUAUUUCCGGCCUCAUGCUCUCCCAUGAAAAUUAUGAUGUAGCUCUCUCCAUAUUAAAGGAACGAUUCGGAGAUGUGCAGUCUGUAAUUAACAAACAUUACGUGGACCUUAUAAACAUUAAGCCUGCAAUGAAUAAUACUUCCAGUCUCCGUAGACUAUUUGAUGAUUUAGAAAAGCAUAUGCGCAGCCUAGAAGCAUUGGAACAAGAUGUAAAUCAGGAUGUCUUUGUUUUCAUGAUUAUAACAAAGUUACCAAAAGAAGCCAGAUUACAAUUAGAAAUACAGAAAGGAAAGAAAGAGAAGUGGACUGUGCAAAAGCUGAGAAUGUUUCUUGAUAACUACAUAGCAGCCAGAGAGUCUACAGAUAUGGAAAACCUAGCCGGUCAUGAAGAACAAUCUGCUAGAAAACCUCCAUUACCUGGAAUGUUAUAUGAACAUGAAAGAAAACAUACAUCUGCGGAAGCCUUAACAACAUCAUUUAAAGAAUCUCCAAGAAGAAACAAAAUUCAAAGAAAGUAUCCUAUUUGUAUCUUCUGUGAACAAAAUCACUGGAGUGACGAAUGCCAAGAAUUUAGGACAGUUGAAGACAGAAAACAAAAGAUUAAGGGAAAAUGUUAUAUUUGUCUUAGGCCAGGUCAUCUUAGCAAAGACUGCAAAGUCGACAAACCAUGUUUCCAUUGCCAUCAAACAAAGAAACAUCACCGAAGUCUCUGCAACAAGAAAAGGCUGCCUUUGAGAGAAACCUCACACUUCGCUGAAUCAUCCGAACUAUGUGACUCAGAAACAGUUAACAAUGUUCGAAAAAACAGCCUACUGUCAUCAGGAAGUAUGGUCCUAAUGCAAACUGCAAAACUUGAUGCAUCAGAUCUGCAUGGAUCGAGAUUUGAAACAAUCAGAAUUCUCAUGGACUCUGGGUCUCAAAGAACAUAUGUCACUGAGGAAUUAGCUUCAAGAUUGAAUUUGAAGAGGAAAAGAACAGAGGAAAUAUCACUUGUCACCUUUGGAUCCACGAAACCAAAGAUAGUAAAAAUUCCAAAUGUAUCUUUAAAAAUUAAACUGAAGGAUGGACACUACAUGAGAAUUGAGGCAAAUGUUCUGCCUCAAAUAACCGGACCAAUACACAGAAGACCGUUACCACCUAACAUCAUUGAAAAGGUUCAGUGCCAAUGGAAACACCUACAGUUUGCAGAUACAUUACCAAAAACUACAGAGAAUUCAACUAUAGACAUCCUUAUUGGGAAUGACUAUUAUCUUGAUUUGGUAUCAUCAGAAAAAAUUGAAGUUGACCAUGGACUUUACUUGCUCUCAUCAAAAGUAGGAUGGAUUCUCACUGGACAAACACAAGCUAACUUUGAGGUAUCCAGAGAUAAUUUACACCAAAUGCUGAUUGUAAAUGGAAACAAUCUAACAACAGAAUAUUGUCUUCAUUCCUCUGUCGAUGAAUGUUUGCCCUUGAAGCCAUCACUAGACGAGUACUGGAACUUGGAAACUAUUGGAAUCAAAGAUCAGCCCCACUCAUCAGAUGAUGACAAGGCUUUAAAAAACUUUAACGACACAAUAAAACUAGUCAAUGGUAGAUAUCAAGUCACUUGGCCCUGGAAGGAUGAGCAACCUGAACUCCCAGAGAACAGAGAAUUUGCCUUUGGAAGGUUGAAAUCUCUACUUCAAAAACUAAAAAAGAACCCUGAGCUGCUUCACCAAUAUGAUGGAAUAAUUCGGGACCAGUGCAAGCAAGGCAUAAUUGAAAAGGUGACAAAGAGCAGUGAAGUUAAGAAUAGUUUCAAACAUUACAUACCCCAUCAUGCUGUCAUUGAUCCAACAAAGACUACCACAAAAGUACGGAUCGUCUAUGAUGCAUCGGCAAAGGUCAAACCAGAGUGUAACAGCCUUAACGAGUGUCUUUACAGAGGACCAGUGAUGCUAAAUAAUUUGUGUGGACUGUUGUUGAGAUUUAGAAUGAAAAGGAUUGCAAUUAUUGCUGACAUAGAAAAAGCAUUUCUACAGAUUGAAUUACAAGGAAAGGACAGAGAUGUGACAAGAUUCUUCUGGUUAAAGGAUAUUGAGACUCCAUCCACAGAGAACAAUAAUUCAAGUUUAUAG